AUGGAUAGGAAGCGGUACACGAAAUACAAUAAGAGGUAUUUUCCUACGGCCGAGAAAAAAUUUCGUCGUGAAGAACUUCCAGUGGAUAGAGUUCGUUCACAGCUGGCUAAAGUAAUAAGUGAGAAUGGCAUAACAAUAAUUGUUGGUGAAACUGGAAGUGGUAAAAGUACUCAAAUACCUCAGAUUUGUUAUGAAGGUUUAACUGAUCAUAGUAUUCUGGCUGUAACUCAGCCAAGGCGUGUCGCAGCCAUUGCACUUGCUAGACGGGUGGCUGUAGAAAUGAAUUCGAAUCUUGGUGAAGUGGUUGCUUAUAAAGUAAGGUUUGAAAAUACAGCUAGUGAAGAAACUAAAAUUAUUUAUGGCACUGAUGGUAUUUUUUUACGUGAAGCAUUUUAUGAUUCACUGUUUUCUCGUUAUUCAAUUUUCAUCGUUGAUGAGGCUCACGAACGUUCCAUUCAUACUGAUAUUUUAUUAUAUAUAUUGAAACUUUGUUACAAGCAACGGCUAAAUACAUCUAAUCCGUUGAAGAUAGUGAUUAUGUCGGCCACUUUGGAAACAAAUGUAUUUUCGGAAUAUUUUGAUAAUGCCCCUGUUUUUAGCGUUAAAGGAAGGACAUACCCUGUAGAGAUUUUUUAUGCUAAUUUGUUGGACAAAAACGAUGACGAUUAUGUUUUUAAUGUGCUGACAACGGUUUUACAAAUCCAUCGUUCUGAACCGUUGAGCUCUGAUAUAUUGGUUUUUCUGACUGGACAAGAAGAAAUAGAAACUGCAUGCAAAAAAGUCCUGGAAGCUUCAAGGCUUCUAAGUGGUGGUAUUGUAGCUCUUCCACUCUAUGCAGGUCUUCCGCCAUCUUUACAAAUGAGAGUUUUCGAACCAACAGAAUCAGUGAAUACUCGCAAGAUAAUUUUUGCUACUAAUAUUGCGGAAACAUCCAUCACUAUCCCUGGUAUACGAAUAAUUAUUGACAGUGGAAAGAUUAAAGUAAAAACCUUUGUAUCAGAUCGUCGUAUUGAUAUUCUUCGUGUAGAAAAUAUCUCGCAGUCUUCAGCUACUCAACGAGCUGGUCGUGCGGGUCGCGAAGCACCUGGGAAAUGUUAUCGGUUAUAUUCAGAAGAGCAUUUUAAUUCUCUGUGUAGAACUACGGUCCCAGAAAUUUUACGGUCAAAUUUAGCAGUGGUUUUACUUGAGUUAUUUCGCAUUGGUUUACGACGAACAAAGUCACUUGCUUUGAUUUCAAAUCCUAAAGAAGAAGCACUCGAAGCUGCUGAGAAACAUUUACGUUUAUUAGAUGCUUUAAAACAGCCAAAUAAAAGAGGUAAAUUGCAGCUGACUGAAAUGGGUACAAAACUCUCUUCUUUUCCAGUUGAUCCAGCUUUUGCACGUGCUCUGAUAGCAGCAUCGCAAAAUGAGUGUUUGGAAGAAGUCUUAACGAUAGUUGCAUUUAUGUCUGCUGAUUCCGUUUUUAUUGGUUCAGCACUCGAUCGUGAUCAAACAAGUACAUCAAAGCGUAAGUUUGAAGCACCUGAAGGUGAUCACUGCACUCUAUUAAAUGUUUAUCGAGGGUAUCGUUUAGCACGAAAGGAGAAAAAAUCAAAGGUGUGGUGUGAAGCAAAUUUCGUUCAUGAACGUAUACUUGACAUAGUUUUCAAAAUUCGAGCCCAAUUGCGUGAUAUUUGUUCAAAAUAUGCAUUGAUAUUUCGUUCCUGUGGUUCCAAUACAGAAAAACUCAGAAAGGCACUUUGUCAAGGACUUUUUAUGAACACUUGUGUUUAUGAGAGAUCUCAGGACCGUUACAAGUUAUUAAUAUCACCCGCAACAUCAUUAAAAAUACAUCCUUCUUCUUGUUUAUCUCGUUCAAGACCGACAGCUUUUAUUUUCACAGAUCUCGUUCGAACAAAUGAUUUAUAUGCUCGGGAUAUCACGGUCAUUGAUCUCGAGUGGGCAAAAGAGCUUCUUGAAUCAAAGAAAGAAGUGCUCAAAAUAGGAGGUGGUUGUACCACUAAAUGGGCAGAGGGGUUACGUGGUUCUUACUUGUAUCGUCUUGUAUUAGUGGCAUUGACUAUGCCAAUUAAUUUUCAGCGUACUGAACUUGAUGCUGAAAUAUUCAUGUCAUUAUUUAAACAAUAUCUCACUGAACCUCGAGCCAUUGACUGGAAAUCAAUGAAGCCAUUAAGCUUAAAGUUUCAACAGGAUUAUCAGUCAUUACCUCUGUGUUGUGACGAAGAAGAAAGGAACGAAAUUCUAAAACAUUUAUCCGUUUUAAAGCUAAACGGAGGUUUAGGUACAACCAUGGGUUGUGAUAAACCAAAAUCACUGAUUCAGUUGCGUGAUGGAAUGACAUUUCUCGAUUUUGCUAUCAACCAUGUACAGCAUUUCAAUAAUACGCAUCAUAGUUCAGUGCCAUUACUAUUGAUGAACAGUUUUAAUACUGAUAAAGCCGUCAACGAAUAUUUAGCUAAGCGUAAAAUUACUCUCAAAACUUUUCUUCAAAGCAAAUGUCCAAGAAUUUUUGCUAAAAAUUCGCUUCUUGUACCAUUAGAAGAUGGAUUGAACUCUGCAGAAGGAUGGUAUCCACCUGGUCACGGAAAUAUUUUCAAAUCGAUGCAGUUUACUGGUGUUUUGGACGAGUUGCUUGAGGAAGGACGUGAAAUAUGCUUCAUUUCUAAUAUUGAUAACACAGGAGCAACGAUCGAUUUACGCAUUGCUAAAUUAAUGUUUGAAAGUGACUUAGAAUAUGUUAUGGAAUGCACAGAAAAGACGGAAGUUGAUAAAAAGGGAGGGACUUUGAUUGAAAUUAAUGGAUGCAUCAUGCAUUUGGAGCUACCACAAGUACCCGAAGAACACGUCGAUGAUUUUUGUUCCUCUAAAAUUUUCAAGAUUUUCAAUACCAAUAAUAUCUGGGUUAAUUUACAAGCUGUUAAAAGGAAGCUCAUGGAUAUGAAAAUGGAAAUCAUUGUCAAUAAAAAGAUGCUUAGUAAUGGUGAGUGGGUGAAUCAAUUAGAAACAUCAGUUGGUGGAGCCAUUCGAAAUUUUGACAAAGUAGUAAGUAUUCAAGUGCCACGCUCUCGUUUUCUUCCUGUUAAGAAUACUCAGGAUCUGCUUGCUCUUAUGAGUAACUUAUAUAGAGUUACGGAAGAUUUUUCACUGCAAAUUGUAAGAAAAGAAAAAGCACCUACCAUUGAGCUGUCCGAACAUUUUAGUCGUAUUUCUGAUUUUCAAAAACAUUUUCUCGAAAUUCCGCAAUUACACCAAUUAAAACGGCUAAAAAUUACUGGCGAUGUCUAUUUCGGACUCAAUAUUUCAAUAAAAGGUGAUGUGGAAAUUGUUGCUGAAAAAGGACAAAAACUGGAGUUAAUAGAUAAUGAAUGUUUGGAAAAUGUCAGGUUGGUUCAAGAAACAAAGUCCAAGGUUCAACGUAUACCUUUGUAA